AGACUGGAGCAGGAUUUAAUUCUUAGGGAUCUCUGCCAAGGUGACACUUCAGUAUGUCCAACAAAGCGAGGAGGAUGCUGGUUCUUCUGCUGAUCAUCCUGCAGGAAGCUGGCCCGACCGCAGCCCAGUGGGACUACACCUGCAGCAGCAUCUGUUCAUCAGUCUGUUCCUGCAUCAGAAGAGGCCUCACCAGUGUUCCUCAGUACCUGCCUACAGACAUCACUCAGCUUCACUUGUAUGGAAAUGCCAUCACAACCUUAAGUCAGUCUGAUUUCUCAAGGUACAGGAGCUUGACAAGUUUAUUCCUUCCCAGAAAUAUGAUCUCCACGAUCCAUAACAAAACAUUCCACAACUUAACCAGCCUGACUAGCUUGUGGCUUUACAAUAACCAGUUAACAAGUCUGCCAGCUGACAUAUUUGAGGGACUUGGUAACUUACAGAGGCUUUACCUUGGCAGUAAUAACAUCCACAGUAUUGAGACAGGCACCUUCAUUGACACAACACAGCUACGUAUACUAGAGCUUCAGUACAACAACAUCAGCACCAUCACAGCUGGCACAUUUGGGAACCUACUUCAGCUUCAAACACUGAGACUUUCUCAUAACAACAUCAGCACUUUCCCUGUAGAGGCCUUAUCAAAUUUACAGAUUUCAGCACUGUCAGAGCUUACAUUAGAUAAUAACGAAUUAGAGACCCUACCAGUCAUGGCAUAUGACAUACUGGCUUCCAUCUCUGAUGUAAACAUUGGCAACAACCCCUGGCAGUGUGACUGUAGGAUGGCUCCCUUUAAGCAGAGGAUGAACGGGUCGUACCCAUUUGAAGACCAGAUCAGAUGUGUCGAACCUGCUAACCUUACAGGGCAAUACUUACGGGAUGUAAAUUCUGAAGACCUGAUCUGUGAGGAGACGACACCAGUCUACUCCACUUCUAGCACAAAACACAUUACUGACUCUACUCUUAGCUUGUCUCCAGUCAGCAGCUCUACUCCUUUUCAUCAGUCAGUUAAGUCAACAGCAAAGGCACUGACAUUGUCCCCAACACUGACACAGAGCAACGCUCUCACAUCAACAACAUUGUUCCCAACACAGAGCAACACUCCUACUGCUGACUCUAACCCAGGCUGGUCUACAGUCAGUACUGAUUCUCCUUUUGGUUUUCAGUCGACAAUGACAGAGAGCAAUACUGGCCCUGCUGCCGGUGGCAUUGUCCUGUCUGUGCCCAUUCUUGCUACUAUGGGAGCUAUUCUUGGACUCCUCCUUAUCUGCACUGUUGGCUUUGCAGUAGGGUGCAUGUAUAAGAGGAGGCAAAGGGAUCCUACUCCUCUGCAAGGCUUGAGCAACACAAACCCCACAGGCACAUCCAGUGGUCAUGACCAGAUAAGUCUGAGUAAAGUUACAACAAAUGAAGAUUCUGAAAUAAACAGUCAGUCUAAAACACCACGUCUCAAUAGAGAUGACAGCCUGCAUAUCUAUAACGUCCCAACAGAUGAGGACCCUGACACAGCAGAGUACAACACCAUAGACGAUAGCCCUCACCACUAUGAACCCCUGAGGAACCCCAGCAGUCAGCAGCAGCACACAUACACAUCCUUGAUAAAAACAAACCAGAUUGCAGGUUUGACUUUUGACUAA